AGAAGAGAGAAGAGAGAUGUUUUAUUGCCACAAAGAAAAAAAAAUAAAGAAACAGGAUUUAAACGAACACGCUUCUUGGUUUUCUACCCUAGCUGAUGUUGAGGUUAUUUCUUCAUCUGGCUGUUAUACCAAGGAUUUUUUCCGUAAGGAGAGACAGAGAGGAAUAAAACCAAAAAGCUCUUGGAAAUUAAAUGGAAGACAGAAGAUAGACUUCAAUGGUGACAUUCCCUCCCCAAUUUCAUUUACUACUUAAUUGUGAUACAUUCUACACCAUUUCCAUUAACACAAACAUAACAAGGUAGAAGUUAGAACUAUUAGUGUUUAUUUAAGUGGCCAUUGCCCAUGGAUUCUUGCUCUAAGGACUGUUCCUAAAACUUCCCUGUAAGCUACUGCUUCCCAAAAGAUCUCUGCUACAGCACAAGAUGGUGCCAUUAACAUAUCAUGAUCAACGUUUUGUGCAUUUAGAUGACUCUCAGCAACAAACUACAAUCAAUUCACCUACACAUCAAUACACAUGUAAUGCAGUAAACCAAUUCAACAGCCAACCUGUGGCAAAAGAACAGUCUCAAAAUACAGUCACGGUGCCGCGACCAAGCUUUAACAAGAAGGCCCAGAGCUUCUCUACGCUGACUUCUCCGAGCUCUAAAAUGACACAAGAUCCCUAUAAGAGGGUUAUGGAAUCUUCAUCAUUAUAUUCCAAAUGUCCGACAAUACCUUCGAAAGACCUCCACUUGAAAAGUUCCUUUAAUACCUCUUGGAAAUCCUUGGGUUCACCUGUGUCUCACCACAAGCCCCCGACAAUCUCUUCACCCAGCUUUACCAAUGCUUCAGCGCUGGAACCUAGCCAAUUAGCUUUGAGAUCAAGGUUAUCACUCCCAAAGACUCAGACAUCGUCAAGUAUUGACCUUUGCUGGGAAUCGCCUUCAUUCGAGUCUACUCAAAGAGUCCCAACACCAUCGCCAUCUACCCUUCAACAUCAAGAAACACCUUCCCCAAAUGUCAUCUGGACUUCACCUUCUCUGGACUUGAGUCCAAGUGAACCUACUUUAACAUUAUGUACAUCUAAGUCACAGAAGGAACCCUUACUGGACUGUGUUCGGUCAUCUUUAUUAGAAUCUAAUCAAAAAGUUUUGAGCUCACCACAACUCCGUCCCAAACUUCAAAGAAAUAACUCUCCUCCGACUUCUUCUUUGGAGUCCAAUCGAAUGUCUCAGAAUUCACCAUUGUCUGAACGUAAAGCUUCGAAAAGUCCUGCAUCAAAUUCUAAUAACAAUGUUCAAAGUUUGCCUCUUUCCCAAAUAAAAUCAAGGAAACCACCACAUUCUGUUCAUCCAUCUCCGAGUUUGCCAACGUGGCAACCAAAACCUAAAACAGCGCUCAAAUGUGAGCCUAGAACCAGGACCCUCAGCUCACCUGCUUGUCACAACAAGGUCCAGAAUACUGCUUCACUCAAAGACAAAUGCAGAGCCCGUCCCCUAUCAUCAGUUCCUCCUAAACCAAAUAUCUCAGGCCAAAGAGUAUCAAGUCCCAAACCCUGCAUCAAGAACAAAAAUGCUUCAAUUCCGAGUUCCAGACUCCAGAGUAAAGCUAGUGUUGAACAAAAGGUUAAACCGCAACCAGAGAAUGAAGUCCCAUGGUCCUUAGAUUAUAGUCAUCCCUGCAUUAUUAAAGGUGGUACUGUCCCUGUUGAUGUUGUAAAUAAAAUUGUCAAUUCUAUUUCCAAGUCUACAAUCCAGAAGGAUCUCUCUAGGCAAAUUCUCUUUCGAAGAAUGAGGGGAAGGCCAAAUCCUCACCCUGGUCCCCGCCUUUCAUCAACAUAUACUGUUUGUUUAGAAUGUGCUUCCUGUAUAAAAUCUCAGUGUAGUCAUCUUACAGGAAAGAAAGAUCCUCGGUGUGCCACACUUUUUGUCAUCCCGACACCUGAAAGCAGAUCUGAUGGGAAAAUAGACGUGAAAAUAGUUCUUAUCCUUUCCCUCCCAGAGACUUCUGCCUCAUCCUGUUACCAAUCUCCCAUGAAAGGUAAUAAACCUGAUGAUAAUCUAGAAGUCAUCGAUGAUAAUAUUGAAGAAUUAGAGAAGAUAACACAGUUUUUCCCUGCUUCUGAAUCUGAUUUAAUCCAGGGACUCAAGAGAAACCAAAAGUGGUUGGCUGUAUCCUCUGAAGACAAAGAUGUAAGUCAAGAGCCCCAAGCUAUUGACUGGCUGCUUUAUGUUAAAAACAGAAAUAGUCCUCAGCCUCAAGCCCCAGUUCAAGCCCCAUCCUCAUCAUCUUCAUCUUCUUGCUCCUCCCUUUCCUCUUCUUCUUCCUCCUCUUCCUCUACUGGUUUUCCUUCUCCACCCUCUCCUUGUAAAGACUCCAAUCUUGCUCCUCUCUCAGGUUAUGUUGUUACUAACAUAAGAAGUCACCACCGGUUACCUCCAGGGGUCUCCUGGCUUGAGUUCAUACGGGGUACAAGUUCUGAAACCACCAAAAGAAGACAAUCACCAACACCGAAAACCAAGCGUGUGAGGACUCGCAACACAAAAUCCACGAAAAAGGGGAAAAGGGGACCGAACACACUGCUCAGAUAUUUCCAAACGAAGUUCCAAAAUGAGAAAUGCUGAUUAAAUCAACUUUCUGUCUCUUUGAAAGCAAAGAUUUUCUAGUUCUUCAACACUAACACUUUUUUCUACUGUGCUUAGUUAUAUUCUUAUCAAAAACUAACUAUGAUUCUAUUUUAGCUAAUGAAGCACCUAUUUAAGAAGAAAUAUUAUUUUUAAAAUGCAUUUGUUAGUUGGAGGAUAAAUUGGUAUCUUUUAAAAUCUGAAUACAUUAUUUUACAUUUUUAACAGAAUUCAUUUCUUAUUGCAGCAACUGUAUAAAAUGAUAAUGAAUAAGUUUAUCAGAGUUGGCCAAACAACAGAAAUAAGCAUCCCAUCUGACUCUAAACAGUGUGUGACUAUUUUCCUUCAUAACAUAUGUUAACAGCAGUAUUAUUAAGCCAAUUUAUGCAAAUCUGUUUUUCUAGCUUUGACGAAAAUCCAGGUCUCAUUCAAUAGGUAAGAACAUCCACAAAAGAAAUCAUUUCAAUUAUGAGCUUCUAGAAUUUUUUUGUCAUUAUCACACAUUCCGAGAUUCAUUUUGUCAAUCUUAGGUAAGGAAUUUGCAAUGAGAGUAAUAGUCAAUAGCUCUAUGGAAUGGUGAUCGUGAUUCAGUCAUGGCUUUUAAUGUCAUUUGCUUAUUCCUUUCAUAUAUAUAGCCAUUGAGAUACUAAAAAGAAUACCUAAAAACAUGCUUCAUUUCCAGAAUUUACUGAUAGAUUGGUGAUAGACCUAACCCAAUAAUCAGUUAUAAUAAUAACUAGUAAUUUACAAUCCUCUUUCUCCAACCCAAAUGUUCAGAAUGCAGACUAAACAUCGCUGGAACAUCUCAAGCUCAUUAUGACCCAGACAUAAUUCCUCAUUUUUAUGGCAAUUUUCAUCUUUAUUUAAUACUCACAUGGGACUGUCUCUUACUCAUGGCAUGAAUUGCAUGGUUUUAUUGUUGCUAGGAUCUGUUACUCCAAACACCAUCACUAUCAUAGUUUAUACUGGUUAGGAUAUAGUUAUUUAUCACGGUUGUAGGAAUAACUAGUAAAAAUGUAUUUUUUACUUCUGAAUGCAUUUGAGAUUCAUAAAGUUGAUAGUUCUCCAUUGUCUAUAACUUAAAGCAGUCAUCAUUUAUUUUAUGGGUACUUAAAUUCCUAGAUGAAGAAUGAUUGUUUCUUUCUUUUUAUUUUAUAAUAAUAAUCAUCAUCAUUAUUAUCAUUAGUGUGUGUAUGUGUGUGUGAGUGUGUGUGUGGUUUUUUUGUGUGUACCAUAGUACUUAUAUAUAGAGAUCAGAGGACAAUUUUCUGGAAUCUAUUCUCUUUUUCCUCCUUCAUGUGGGUUCCAGAGAUCAAACUUGGCUCACUAGGCUUACAUGGCAACUGCCUUUACCACCUGUUUUAACUACUGUUCUAUUGCUGUGAAGAAGCACCAUGACCAAUGCUACUCUUAUAAAAAAAGCAUUUAAUGGCGAGCUUAUAUUUUUAGAGGCUAGUCCAUGAUCAUCAUGGUGGGAAACAGACAAGUAUGGUACUGGCAUAGUAGCUGAGAGCUUUAAACCCUGUACUGCAGGCAGCAAGCAGAGAGAAAGACAGAGUAGAGGAGAGAGACAGA